GGUACAUGAAGUGUCGACAAACUAAGAUGCUCUUUCAUGCAUUCUGCUUCUUUUCGCAGAGUCAAUUCACACCUUCCGGUGUGGCGGACGCGGAGGCACGUGAUUCCGCGUUACUUGACCAGGGUGCCUGCAGGGAUGAGGUGAAAUGGGAACACGCCUCGCCAAUAUCAUCCAUGGGAAGAGACAUCAACGCCGUCAUUAACUUUGAAAACAUCACGCACACCUGAAUCUUCUGUCUAUAUCCCCGACCGGCCCCGCAGGACAGAGCAGACAUGGCUGGAGCCCACGCGGACAUCCCCGACCUGGGGAGCGACAUGGACGACGACGAAGCACUCCGGUAUGCAAUCGCCCUCUCGCUCCAGGAGCAGGAGUCACACAACCAGCCAGCAGAACAGAACCCCCCGAGGACCUCAUCACCCAACCGUGACGAGUCCAGAUCUGGCGGGCCAGGCCUUGGUCUCCUUGCACUGGAUCGCAAAAAGAUGGAAGAGGAAAGGUUGCAGAGACUAGCCAAGCGGCGUCGAAGUGCCUCCUCAGACGACGAUGUCGUUGAGGUGCCGGCCCCGAAGAGAAAGGCGCCCUCCAAGCCAUCUAAAUCCCCUAGCUUGCCACCCUUUGCGAACGGCACUGUUAAGAGGACCUGGGCCCGUGGGUAUCCGCGGACGCCCGAUGACAUCAAGUUCGAGGAGGUCUUGCAGAAGGACAGCCUUAUGCUUGCUGUGCUGAGUUCUUACCAGUGGGAUGACGAAUGGAUCAUGUCCAAGGUGGACUUGCGAAGGACCAAAUUGCUGCUGUUGGCAUUUGCAGCCGAUGAAGCCCAGAAAACAGCCAUGCGGUCUAACGCGCCACCCGGAAUCAAGUUUUGCUUUCCCGCUAUGAAUGGACCCGGAUCGAUGCAUUCCAAACUCCAGUUACUAAAGUAUCCGGACUACCUCCGGGUGGUCGUACCCACAGGCAACUUAGUGCCCUAUGACUGGGGCGAAACUGGUGUUAUGGAGAAUAUGGUCUUCUUGAUCGAUCUACCCCGACUCGCCAAAUAUGUCGAUCACCAACCAACCACAUUCAGCACCGAGCUCGGCCGAUUCCUGGAGGCGACGGGUGUUGACGAAAAUAUGACCAAUAGUCUUACUAAUUACGACUUCUCGCGAACGAAGCACCUCCGCUUUGUGUACACCAUUCCCGGCGGACAUUUAAACGAAUCACAUAAGCGAGUUGGAUACUGCGGACUAGGGGCCAGUGUGGCUUCCCUUGGACUGGCCACCAGUGAUCCAGUCCAGGUGGACUUAGUGUGCGCCUCUCUUGGAGCCAUCAACUAUGAUUUGGUCGGAGCCAUGUACAACGCCUGUCGAGGUGACGAUGGCAUGACAGAAUACAACUCGAGGCUGAGGCGUGCGACCAGGGCCAAAGCGUCGAGUACGGCGCAACCAUUCAAUGAUCACUUUAGGAUCUAUUUUCCUACAGACGAGACAGUAGCCCAGAGCCGGGGAGGACGAAUGGCUGCGGGCACCAUCUGCGUCCAGGCCAAGUGGUGGCGCGCACCGACCUUCCCCACUCAACUGGUUCGCGAUUGUGUCAACAAUCGUGAUGGGCUGUUGAUGCAUAGCAAGAUGAUUUUCGUGCGGAAGAUCCAAACCCGCGGGGACCGGUCGGCAGCAGAUGCGGAUGCGGAAACGGGAACGGGAACGGAAGCAACGGGCGCAGAUUCAGAUCCCGGUCAAUCGUCGCCGGGUUGGGCGUAUAUUGGCAGCGCAAAUCUGUCAGAGAGCGCAUGGGGCCGCUUAGUCAAGGAUCGAGCAACUGGCAAGCCCAAGAUGAGCUGUCGCAAUUGGGAGUGCGGCGUAGUGAUUCGAGUUCCUGGGGCCAGCAAGGCCCAAGCCCAAGCGGGGGGGCCCAGGGAAGAUGUUAGCGACAUGGGCAUUUUCAAGGGAACGAUUCCGGUACCAAUGCGAUUCCCGGGACGGCGCUACCGCGAGACCGAGGAGCCCUGGUUCUAUGCCCAGACGUGAGGGGCCAAGCUAUCUCGAUUGUGGCGAUGCCAAGAUGGGGGAGAGCCGGGAACCUAAUCUACGUACCUACAGUAGGUACAUUUCGCAUCGAGCGUGGGGAACAGCUGGGCUCGAGGCCAAGGCUAGGUGACCCAGCGCGAGGGAAGCCGAUCGUCACCAAUGAGGGCUCGUCGUCUCGCCUGAACGAGACAAAGAAACGACGCUCACAGGGUAGGGACAUGGCUGACGGCGGACGACGAGGCGUACAGUAGUUUGGCUGAUACAUGUCCGUACAUAGCAGUAAAAUAAUAGCAGGGUCUGGCUCCAGCCUCCACGGUCUGUACUAUCAAUCAACUGGCAGGCAGGCAAGCAAGCAAGCAAGCAAGCAA